AUGGAAGGCUCCAUCGCUUCAUCGGUCGCCCUUACUGCCUCUUCUUCCUCUUCGACCAUCUUUCGUCCCCGCAGGUCUGACGACUGGCACGAGUAUCGGCCGACAAUCGAGCAACUUUAUCGUGAUCAUCAACUGAAGCUUCGAGACGUGAAAAGAAUCAUGGAACGUGAUUAUAACUUUGUUGCCUCGGAAAAACAAUAUAAGGACCGUCUCGCAGCCUGGCAUAUCCGCAAAAAUAUCAAGGCCAAAGAAGUCCAAGUCAUGAUCCGAAAGCAGCAGAAACGAGCUUCUCGGGGCAAACAAACUGCCUUUCGGGUUGCCGGCCAAGAAGUCGACUCGAAGCGCAUUGCACGCUUCGUCCGCCGCUACGGCACGCAUUUGGAUAAUAGCCCACGUGAUGAGUACCGUCAAUCAAGUCCAGAACCGAAAACCCCAUCUGAUAUGAGUUGCUAUACUCCGGAGCCCGAUGACAGAGGAGCAACCUUGCCACCUUUGCCAGAGAUGCAGUCAGAACACCAUGAUGCAAAGUUCGUUCCAAACCCCGAAGCCGAGACCGAUGAUGAUCGAUCCUUGACGGCUACCCUUAGUCCAAGUUUACCAAAUGAAACAUCCCGAUCCCUUCCAGGCACGAUUCAUGACGCCGAUGCGUGGAAUGAACUUAUUUCAUUUCAAGAUCGUCUUUUAGUUCUUCAUCAGACCCUUGAACAGUCAAUGUCCGGAUUUACGUCGCCUCAUGAUGAAUGA